AUGCGCUACUUGUGGGGGGGCUGCCUGACUCAGGUCAGCUUACAUACUAAACAAUCACACUUUGCAAUUUGCAUUCAACUACACAAGCUCCUCGGCUCCAGGCUUUCAACUGGGGAGAACGCCUAUACGAUCGCGACCCCCACCACGCACCCAACAGGAUCGUCACGGAAGCUGAAGAGAACGCCUCCGAAGAUGGAGCGUCCGCUGCAAGAAGGAAACCUUCCUCAAACAAGCGUUGAGGAGCCCUUGAAUGUGGGUGGAGAGGAAACUGCAUUCUCGGGGGUAUCGUCGUCAAUCGUGGAUGUGCUGGUCAAACGGGUGGAGAAACGCGAGCGUACGCUCGGCUCGUACCGGAUUCAAACCCGGCGAGCGUCCUAG